AUGUCCCGUUCGUGCAAUGUGUUCCGCUAUUUCGGAUAUUUCGGUAUCACUGUUCUUACAGGAUCUUUAACGUUCUUUGAUUCGUAUGCCAAUAUUUCUUGCAGUUUCACUUAUUUACUUCUGCUCACAGUUGCCGCAUUUGAUGAGAUAAACUCUCGAGCAAUCCAGUUUGUCAGUCUUCUCAUGUUACUAACGGUCACAAAUGAUGGCUUAGUUCUGAUCAGGACAGGCGAAUCCACUUCUGGUUGUCCUCCUGAUUCUUUAUCUGAUUUCCAUGAAAUCCGAGUUGAAAUCGGCCCUUAA